AUGGCCAGGAUCACUCUUAUUUCUGUUCUCAUCCUCUGGGCAGCCACACAGCAGGGAAGGGGAAAUGAGAUUACAGAAAAAGGCCUCUCUUUGCUAGGGUACCAUCUGUGCAACUAUAGCCUGACCAAAAACGUGUUUAAAAUGGUUGCCUACACAAAGUCCUAUGAGAAAAGCGCUUCCUGUGGAGGAUGGAUACCAUGGAUGGUGUGUCCUCGGACAUACUAUAAAAUGCAGUACCAUACUGUUGAAGUCCCUGAAACCAUCACUUUUACAGAUUGCUGUGAAGGAUAUGAACAAGUUGGACUCUACUGCUCUUUAGCACUCAGUAGAUCCAACAUAUUUGCCUCAAGACCUGGUAUUUGUCCAGUGGAGAAUAUGGAGACAUCUGAUUAUCCUUGCACGUUUGAUAUUGAAUGUCCAGGGCUUAAAAAAUGUUGCAACUUAUCCAAAGGAGCAGGCUGUGUGGAUCCAAUGCCAGAGGGAAGAACAUUCUGGUACAACGUGACAGUACUUGUGAAAAUGGAUUUUAAUGAAUUAAUCAGAGUGGAUUCCCACCUCCUGAAUCAUUCACGCCUUUUGCACUCCAUGAUUACUGGUGCAUUACAACCCUUGAAUGUCUCUGUGCACCAUAUCCAGAGUAACCGUGCGAAAGUAUAUGCUGGGACAGUGGCCUCUCAGGUUCUCAUUGGACUGCAUCAGCCAGCUCCACUAGCAGAGGUUUCUUCUUUCUUGAAGGACAUUGUGAAGCGUGCAUAUGAAGUGAUUGACACAGAAGUGCAAGAUGUCAAUGAAUGCUCCUAUGCUGAAUUCAACGCCUGUACUGAGAAAAACACCUGUGUAAACCUGGAGGGCUUUUACAGCUGCAGCUCUCAGCAUGAACACACAGAUGUCAUCCCUCUCCAUCUGAGCCGAAGAAAGGAAGGCAUGGCAGCAUCUACUCCAAGCUCAGCACUGGACCCCAUUAACAGUAGCAAUCACUCUCUGUCUAUCAGUAAUUCAAGUCUCUUGUCCAUGACUAACCAAUCUACAGGUGCUGGGUGCUAUCCCUCUGCGUUCAGAAACCAUCGAAUCUUCAGAGUCACCAGCAACAGUUUUGAAAUGUCCUGGCAUGUAACUUCUACUCUGAACCAUACUUUCCAAGUCCAAGUGUUCAAGGGCAAAGAACUUGUACAAAACCUGAAGACAGAGGAAAUGAAAAUGGAAGUAUCUCAGCUGGAAGCAGGUGUGAUGUAUUCAGUAGAGAUCAGCUAUGAAACCUGUGGAAAAACAAGCAUCUCACGCCAAAAUGUUAAAACAGAGGCCAAGAUAUUUGGUGUUACUGUGAGGAUUCUCAACUACAACUUCACUGAUGACUUCCGUAAUGCCAGCAGCUUGGCGUAUGCAGAAUUUUCAAGACUGUUGCUAACAGAGCUUGAAAAUUCAUUUCCACCUGACAUUUCUGCUUUGUACAAAUCUGGGAAGCUGAAAGUGCAGACCGGAUCCCUGCAAGCUGGAAGCAUCGUGAGGCUGAGAAUCACUGUGCAGGAUCCUGAGUUUCCAGUUGAUGCCUCCACAUUUGCCCAAGUGCUUUCUAACUUGCACAAUGGUUCCGUGCUUUUGGUGGAUCAACAAAACACUACACUAGAAG